UCCUCCUUAUCCCUGUCUGGCUGUUAUUGGCUCUCAGCUAGGUGGACCCGAUAGUUCGGUGACACAACCAAGCACCAAGACAUUCAUUGAUGUCUGCAAAGGGCCCCCACUUGGAAAUGGAUACUGUUUAAUACUGUAAGAAAGCCACAAAUGUAUUUUAACUUAAACGGGGGGGAGGGGGGAAGCCCUGUUGUGCAGACAAAAUGGUUUCACUACCCUAGAUCACAAAAGGGAAUGCUAUGGGAGGGGUGAUUAAAUUAACCUGUUAGCAACUGUGUUGAAGUCUGUUUGAAACAAUGGGCUAAGAUGGUAUAAAAACCUCAGGUAUGCUGGAGCUUGUCCUUUUCAACAGAAAACUUUCUUGGAUAGCUGCUGGACUGCAAAAAGAGUCAAGACUUGCUGUCUUUAACGCUGAAACUAUAUAUUAUAUAAGGCCACUCUUUGCCCAUGCUGUUUUAGUAAAUAAUGGUGCCUAUGUUUAUUGCAGUGUGAUCUGUUUAGCAUGGAACCAGUAACUUUGAACUGCAUUUCACCACCAGGCCAAGGCCCAAACACACAUGAGGGGGAACAGAACAAGCAUGUGCCUGCAACACUUUAUCCCAUAGUGAAAGUACAGUCAAAAUAUGAGAGAUCCUUAGACCAGAGAGAAAACAAGCUGAAAAGAAAAAGGAAAGAGACAGCUGAAAAGGAAAAUUCACCAGCAUCAGUGGCUGAUGGAUGGAUGAAGCCCUGCCUGGGCAACUUUUCUGACAAUGCUGUAGUCAAAGCUACAAGGACAUCUCCUCCAGAACUGCCAACAAACCAGGAAUCUGCUUUGAGACCUUUAACAAUGCAAAACAGCACAAGAGUGCAGCUGAAGCAUCCGGGCAGUCCAAACCUCAUAUACGUCCAACCCAAGGACAAAACAAAAGACUCUGGUAAAAAACAACCAUGCCACCACAACUCCAGUUCCUCAGUGGCCACCACCACACCAAGCCCUGAGGAAACUGUGAGCGAAAACACCCACAUUCACAAACCCGGCGCAUGCGCUCUAGGGGUUGUGAAUAAAAAACCAAGAACUGACAAACCAUUCUCCCAAAACCAUAAGCUCGUCACAGCUCCUCCAUAUUCUAGUUUUUGGGAAGGGUUUGAGGCUUCCCUCAGAAAAGUGAUGGAGGCUGUAUCCUCGGGUAGUCUAAAAGAACGGGAUUCUAGAAAGAAAUGGGAAAAAUAUGAUGCUUUGUUCAGAACCAUGCUGAAAAACGUAAGGGCUGGAAAGGGUGGCUCUGAGCAGGCAUGACUAGUCAUGAAAAGGGGCCUGGGUAAAAGGGGCACCCUCCAGGGUACACAUCAGCUCAUGUGUAAACAAAAGGGGGGACAGCACUUGGGGGAUAAACAGAUGGCUGCCAAAAAGUUCCAGGCCCGGGUUGUUGUAAAUUUUUUUAAAAGGGCUAAAGAGGUAAUGAGGAAAAAAAUACAAAAACAAAAAGAGAUGCCCCUUACUGGAGGCUCUCAAACUGGCUUGUCUGAAAAUGGGGAGGCGGAAUCAGACUCUGGUUUAGCAAAUUCCCCAGAUGGCUCUCUAGACGGGUCCCGUUCUACUCCCAAUGACCCUCAUGGAGGCGCCUCAGAGUCUGACUCUCAAAUAGCCUCUGAUGUAGAAGAUGCCGCUAAUGAUCCCGUAGAGGAACCCCCAAGUAACCCCGAAAAUGCUGAGGUGUAUAUGGAGAGAGUGAGAUGUUGGCAACGUGAAUUAUCCAGUUUUGGGGGGUCGGUGUAUUGUGAAGAAUUUUGUUUUGUGAAUCUUGAGCAAAUAAAUUCAGCUCAGCAGGUUGUUGAAGCCAUACACCGGGGAAUACAGUUAGUGCUCGAUGACAUUAAUGGUAGGAUAGAUCCUGAUGAUUAUGUUCAGUUACAUUUAGAGAGCCGUAAUUUAACUAACUCUUUGUUUUCGGUCAAAAGAACUAGGGAUGAGCUGUCUGCUGAGGAUUUCUUAAAUCAGACCUCAAAACUGCUACAGAGCAAUAGAGAGUUGCAUGUCGAUGGGACAUUGCGCCUCGUUGUGACGGUUGUAAAAAACGGGUGGGGGCUCUCGUAGAGUUUUAAAUUCUAUCCUUAAUAGUCAAAUUAUUCAUAAAAAGAGACUGUGUUUAGUAGACCUGACUUACACCGGUACCAAUUUGUGUUUUGCGGGUGGGCUCUUGGCCGUCAUGUCCGAUCGUAAACCUACGGACGCGGAAUUGUUAGCGGAGGUGAGAAAGUUACAUGAGAAACUGAGGUGGUCAAAUCAAAAAAAGGUUAUGCUCAAUGAUGUAGCAAAGUUUGAACAGCAUUUAGGAGUUAAUAUACAGGUGGUGCUGUAUACGGUGAAAGGUGCCUGGGGCUUUUUUAAAAUGCGGGGCACAGUGUACCCCAAGACUUAUUUUAUCCUGUUGCACGAUGAGCAUUACUAUGGGGUUUUGGAUGUAAAAAAGUUGUUCGGAGCGAAAAAUUAUUGUGAGUUUUGCCACACGGUGUACAGCCACGACCACUCUUGCAGGUAUCUUUGUCGCCUCUGCUUGAGCGUAAUGUGCUCAGACAGCGUGGGCGUGCAGCAGCAGUGUCCUAGCUGUAGACUGUAUUGUCGGUCCAAAGAGUGUUUAGACAGACAUAUUGACUGUGCAUCAAAAAACCAAGUUGAAUGCCUGUCUAAAACUUUGUGUGAGAAGUGUCAGUCUUACGUGGACAAGCGGCAUAGGUGUAAAGGGAGACGGUGUAAACAGUGUCAGGGUUUGAUCGUUGGUGAUAUAGACGGUCACCUCUGUUUUAUGGACAGCCUUAGAAAGCCUGAAUCUUCAAAAAAGUAUAUUUUUUUUUAUGAUUUCGAAUGCACUCAGGAGACCGGGUUGCACACUCCCAAUUACAUUUUUGCUAUGUCCCUAAAGUCAGAAAAAUCCUGGGAAUUUAAGGGCGAUGAGUAUCUUUCUGUGUUUGUUAAGACCUUUAUUGGCAAAGUUUCGGGCACACAAUUCCUAGACACGUUCCUAGCGCACAAUUCUAAAGGUUAUGAUGCGUACUUCAUUGUUAGACAGUUACUCAAGGAAAAGAUGGGCCUAGAACUGAUCACUCAGGGUAGUAAACUAAUGUGCGUGGAAAUUAAGGCCCUGGGCAUUCGUUUUAUAGACUCUUUAAACUUCUUGCCCAUGAAGCUUAGCAAGCUACCACAGGUGAUGGGGUUUGAAGGGUGCAAAGGGUAUUUUCCACACUUUUUUAACACAUUAGAAAAUUAAAAUUACGUGGGGCCUAUUCCCGGUAUGGAGCACUAUGGUGUAGAAAGCAUGAUGCCCAGAGAAAAAGCAGAGUUUCUCAACUGGUAUCGGGACCACAGCUCUGAGGCGUUUUACUUGCAGAAAGAGCUCGCGUAUUACUGUCAGCAGGAUGUAAAAAUUUUGAGACAGGCCUGUAUCCUAUACAGAAAAGAGAUUAUGAAAAUGACGGAGAAGGGAGAUGUAGUAGAGAAAGAACCUGGUAAAUUCACCGAGAUAAAACUGUGGAUAGAUUCAUUCCGGUACAUAGCCAUGCAGACAGAUGCCAGUGUUAUGUACAGGUUUAUGUUUUUGGAGCCGAACACAGUAGCUCUUCUCCCUCCAGACAACUAUCACAGGCAGAAAAAGAGAUAUUUGACCCCAUCUAUUCAGUGGCUGUUGUAUAUCUCUCACAAAGAAAAUAUACAAAUACGGCACGCUUUACAGGGUGGGGAACUACAGGUAGGCCCCUACUUUUUAGAUGGUUAUGCCGAUGUUGAUGGGGUACGCGCAGCCUUUGAGUUUAACAGGUGUUUUUUCCAUGGCUGUGUCACCAGUUAUUGUGAAAAAGCACAAAAUCCUAUGACUGGGACAUCUUUUGGGUUUCUUUAUUACAAGAUGCAGCUCAAGACUGACUAUCUGAAACGACUUGGUUUUGUAGUGAGGACUCUUUGGGAGCACCAGUGGGAGGUGAUGAAAAAAACAGACAGGGAGCUUGCAGACUUUUUAAACCGAGCCUAGUUACCCCAGCCUCUUAUGCCUAGGGAUGCUCUUUUUGGGGGGAGGACAAACGCUAUCCGCCUAUAUUACAAGCCUAACCCCAGGGAAGAAAUCCACUAUUAUGAUUUUACCAGCCUGUACCCUUUCGUAAACAAAACCAAAGAAUACCCUAUCGGACACCCUGAUAUAGUCUAUGACAAAUUUGGACCCCUUGCAAAUUAUUUUGGAAUUGCAAAAGUUAGUGUACCCCCCACAAGGCCUCUUUUUCCCAUUGUUACCUGACAGAGUGGGUGGCAAGUUUAUGUUCUCGCUAUGCUGAACCUGUGCGGAAACUGAGCAGCGGGAGACAUGCACCCAUACUGAUGAGGAGCGGGUCAUCCUGGGGACUUGGUGCACGGUGGAAUUGAACGCGGCCAUAGCGAAGGGGUACGCGGUGGUUAAGAUCUAUGAAAUCUGGCAUUUUAAUGAAAAAUCUGACAAACUCUUUUCAGAGUACAUAGAAUUACA